ACAAAGCAACCUUCACUAAUAUCUUACUCCAAAUGAUGAGGGUGUUGUAUGUAUGAUCCAAUAUGAAAAUGUCCCUUUACAUUUUCCUAUCAAAUCUUAGUUACCCCUACUUCUUUUAUGUCUCCCUAUUCCCUCUUUUCAUUUACCUUAUUUAAAGGACCACAGAACUUGAAUCCUUUUCCCCAACUGUUUCAUACUAACCUGAUCAGAACCUCAAACCUCUCACCAACUACACCAACAAUGGCAAGAAAACCUUCUCUGGUCUUGUCCUUGUUUCUGUGGGUGUCUUGUUUCAUUGUGAUUGGUGCUUAUGGGGAGAAGAACUUGCCUCAUAUGACAAUUUCUGGUGGCAAACAUCAUGUAGCAAUACAAAGACUUCAGUCAUUUAAGGCCUCUCUAACUAGACAUGAUUCCAUUGCUUCAGCACCAUCUUCAUUCUCAGCCUCUUCUAGCCCUUCUCCUUCUCCAUCUCCUCAGCCAUUUCAGGGUGUGAACAAUCCAAGGGUGUACCAUGUGACAUCUUAUGGGGCAGACCCUUCAGGCAAUUCAGACAGCACUGAAGCACUCCUUGCAGCCAUAGCAGAUGCAGCCAAGGGUCCAAGUGAAGGACGUUUGAUAGAAGGUAUCAAAAACCUUGGAGGUGCACAGGUUAAUCUUGAGGGUGGAAAUUACCUGAUCAGCAAGUCACUGCAGUUACCGGUAGCUGGGGUGGGGAACCUCAUGAUACAUGGGGGAACCAUAAGAGCCUCAAAUAAUUUUCCAGCAGAUGGCUAUAUCAUUGAUUUGUCAGCAUCACCUUCAUCAUCCUACAAUUUUGAGUACAUAACUCUCAAGGACCUAUUGUUGGACUCUAACUUCAGGGGAGGAGGCAUUUCAGUCAUAAACUCACUAAGAACAAGCAUAGACAACUGUUACAUCACACAUUUCACCACCAAUGGAAUUUUAGUACAAAGUGGCCAUGAAACCUACAUCAGGAACUCCUUCCUUGGCCAACACAUAACUGCCGGUGGCGAUAAACAUGAAAGGAACUUCUCAGGAACUGGAAUAAACAUCCAAGGUAAUGAUAAUGCUGUCACAGAUGUUGUAAUUUUCUCAGCUGCUAUAGGAAUAAUGGUUACUGGUCAAGCCAACACUUUUUCUGGUGUGCAUUGUUACAAUAAGGCCACUGGCUUUGGAGGUACUGGAAUUUAUUUGAAACUUCCCGGUUUGACGCAAACCCGGAUCGUGAAUUCUUACAUGGAUUACACCAGUAUUGUUGCCGAAGACCCGGUUCAACUCCAUAUCUCUAGCAGUUUCUUCCUUGGUGAUGCCAAUAUUGUUCUGAAAUCUAUGAAGGGGGUUGUGAAUGGUGUUACUAUUGUUGAUAACAUGUUCUCAGGCUCAAACAAGGAAGUUGAAAUUGUUCAUCUGGACCAAUCAAAUAGUGGUUUCAAUCAAGUUGAUCAGGUUAUUGUUAACAGGAACAUUGUGAGAGGAAUGAAAUUAAAGGCCACAGUUGCGAAAAAGUCUAUGCAAGGGAAUGGAACCUCAUGGAGUGUUGAUUUUAACGAUGUUCUUCUUUUCCCUAACCUUAUAAAAAAUGUUCAGUACUCUUUAAGCUCCACAGGCAGUACCUUUCCAAACCAUGCUCUCAGGAAUGUGUCCGAGAAUCGCGUUGUGAUUGAAACAAAUGAAGCAGUAUCUGCAAAUGUUUUUAUCACUGUGGAUCAAAGCAUGGCAAGUUGAAGAGGUUUGAAGCUGGCGGCAUAAAUGUUUGUUUAACAAGUCCUGACUCAUUAGUUCAGAUUGUAGAGGGAAUUGUGCAUACCUUAUGAAAGAAUUAUGCAUUCUCUCACAUAUUUUUAUACUUCAUUUUUCAGUUUCUCUUUUCUUUUAUCAUAUUUUCUAUUAGAUC